CAAAGGCGACCCAACCAAAAUGGAACCAUCCCUUCUCUCCUUUCAAGCUCUCCCCUUCAUCUUCCUUUUGUUCCACACCUCCCUCGUUGCUCCUCAAACCAUCGAUACCAACACCACACUCUUCUCAUGCUCUGCGAACUCGUCCAGCUCCUGCAAAACUUUCGUCGUGUAUCGAACCCAGUCACCAGAAUACUUGGAGCCUGGAGACAUUUCUGACCUCUUCGGAGUCAGUCCCUUAUCCAUAACGAGAGCCAACAAUCUGUCAUCUGAAGAAGGUGCUUUUCUUCCAGACCAGCUCUUGCUCGUCCCGAUAUCGUGCAGUUGCACUGGAAACCAAUCCUGCGCUAACACUACAUACCAGAUCAAGGAAGGCGACACUUUCUACUUAGUUUCGAUCUACAAUUUCGAAAACCUCACUGAUUACGACGUCAUCAUGGACUUGAAUCCAACGCUGAAGCCUUCCAAAUUGAAACCUGGCCAAGAGGUGAUCAUUCCAUUGUACUGUAAGUGUCCUACAAAUACCCAGAUGGAUCAAGGUAUCAAUUUCCUUAUAACUUACGUAUGGCAAGCAGGAGAUGAAAUAUCUAAAUUGAGUGAGAUGAUGAACUCUUCGACUGACGCCAUAGCAACUGAAAAUAACUAUAGAGAUUUCAGUGCUGCAGCAGCUCGUCCCAUACUGGUUCCAGUCUCAGAAAUGCCACGUCUUCCCCCGCCACUUUAUACCACCACCACUGCUGCACACCACAAACCAAAAUCUAAUAGAACCAUCAUUAUAGCGUCGAGCACCGUGGGGGCUGUUUUAGCCUUGGUUCUGUGUUCUUUGUUGGUCUUGGCUUACUUUAAGUGCCGACCCAAGGAAACAAUCAUUCGUAAAGGAUCCAGUUUGGAAGCUGUCGAUCUUCCUGGGUCCAAGAAACCGUGCAACGAUCAGCCUGCUAGUCCCAUGACCAAAGGUGAUAAGCUCUUGGCCGAGAUCUCCCAGUUUAUAGACAAGAUGGCCAUGUUCGAGAAUAAAGCUAUCCUGGAAGCUACCAUGAAUCUGGACGAGGUGUACAGGAUUGGCGUUUCGGUUUACAGAGCCACCCUAAACGGGCGGGUGUUCGCUGUCAAGCAGGCGAAAGCUGGUGAUGUCAAAGAGGAGCUGAAUAUCUUGCAAAUAGUAAGUCAUGCAAAUCUAAUUAAGUUGGCAGGAAUUUCUUAUACUGAUGCUGAUGGUGAUUUUUUCUUGGUCUUUGAAUUCGCUGAGAAUGGAUCAUUGGACAACUGGUUGCAUUCCAAGUCUUCCUCAUCAAAUUCUGCUAGUUUUCUCUCAUGGAGACAGAGGCUGAAUAUAGCACUGGAUGUGGCUAAUGGCCUUCAGUACAUGCACGAGCACACAAGACCGAGCAUCGUACACAGGGACAUUCGGACCAGCAACAUACUUCUAAAUGCCCACUUUAAGGCCAAGAUUUCGAACUUUUCCAUGGCUAAACCAGCAACAGUUGGUAUGACACUUACAAGUGAUGUGUUCGCUUUUGGAGUGGUCCUGUUGGAGCUACUUUCAGGAAAGAAAGCUAUGGAAGCCAGAGAAGGUGGUGAGAUAGGCAUGUUGUGGAAGGAGAUAAGAAUGGUAUUAGAGGAUGAAAACAAGAGGAAGGAGAGGAUGAGGAAAUGGAUAGAUCCAAACUUGGAAGGAUUUUAUCCUAUGGAUGGUGCUAUUAGCCUGGCAGAGGUGGCGAGAGCAUGCACUGCAGAGAAUUCUUCUGAAAGGCCGAGAAUGGCUGAGAUUGUUUUCAACCUUUCGGUUAUAGCUCAGUCAUGUACUGAUUCAUUUGAAAAGGUCUGGAUGCCCAAUUCUGAGGAGAACAUUCAGAUAACAAACUCAGUUUUUGCUCGUUGAUUCUGUGAAUGAGGAAUGCGGAUAAAUUGGUAGUUCAUCAAAUUAAUUCCUUCUGAUAGAGGGCAAAGUCUCGGAUGACACCGUACCUGCAGGUUGUUUUCACUGGAUCAUUUUUUGUUUAGCUCCUCUUU